UUUUUUUUAAAUGUCAUCUGUUCGUGAUAUUCCACCCUGUUCUGAAAAUGUUUGCUUUAACCAUCACCUUUACUCCGGCUCCAAAUUGUACUUCAGGUUUCUGUGCAAUCGCGGUAGGAAACUAUUAUAGCUUUGGUGGAUCUGCAGCAAGUUUAAGCCAGUGCUUUCCAUUGGGAUGGCAAUCCCUGAGUCAACACUAUUCUCCUGGCGCCUUCCCCCAAGGCUACACUCAAGCAUGCUCCGAGCUUUCUGCCAGCGAUACGGUCACGGAAACUCGAGCAACAUGUUGUCCAGUUAAUUAUGAGUGCUCCACCGCGGCAAACUUCAACUUCGAUGGUCAGGUCUGCAAUUUCUCAAUUCGCCGCUGUCGAAACCGCGGUGGCUACCGAUGUAGCUGCUCUUACGGCCGAGCGCGUAACACUACACCCGGAGACUGAAGCAGUAAACGGUUUUGGUUUCUCGAUCCGUUACAAAGCAACCGGUUUUGCUUCCUCGACAUCCUUCCUCAUCUCAUCCAAGCACGACAACUUCUGGAUCUCCCUCCAAUACGUCCUCACGAUUCUCAGACCGGGAUCGUUACUAGCUCUGGGCUUUGAACAGGUGUGAAAGUUGGUA